GAAGUUAAAACUAGGACGCUUAAGAAGCCAUCUACAGACGUCUGCAAUAAACGAAGUGAGUGGUAGGCUUGUUUUUAAAAAUAGAAAUAGUUGGUUUGGUCCUGUUCGUUUUCACCUAGCUCUACAAAUUCAUCAUAAAAUGGACGAAGAAGUCACUACCUCAUUCUGGAUCUCAUUUUUCGUCGAAGCUGGAAUACCUCCUGCAGCUGCAGCAAAUUAUGCCAUUAUAUUCACGGAAAACCGUAUCCAAAAGCAUAUGCUUCUGGAUUUGACCAAGGAAUAUCUUAAAGACAUGGGAGUUACUGUCCUAGGAGAUAUCAUCGCAAUUCUCAAGCAUUCCAAACGUUACCAUGAGAAAGUUGCAAGAGAAAAGGUUCUUGCCAUUGACAAAGAGACUUCAGUUAUCAAAGCAACAAAACAUUUGAAUGAAAUGCUGCUCAAAGAUGAUGCACCAAAAACAAAUAUUGAUGUAAAAAAAACAGCUUCAGAGGUUAAAGUACUUCCUAGGCCUUCACCUCCUAAAAAAUUGAAGACUGCAAAAGCUGAGAUUGAAAAGGGGGCAGAAGAGACUGAAUGGAUAGAAGAUAUGCCUGAGUUUGAGGAACUAAAAAGGAAAGUCAUUCCUCCAAAAUUGCAAACUAAAGUUGCUGCACCAGCUGUAAAUGUAACUAAAACUGUAAAAAAGACUUCUGUUUUUGAUCGACUUGGUGAGAGCAGUGUGACUAGCACCACCCCUGAAAUUCAGGAUCCUCCUUCCACUAGCAAGUUUCAACAGAGUUCAGUUUUUCGACGACUGGGUGAUAUCGAAGGGAAGAAAGAGUCACCAUUGGCAGCUAAGACGGUUGCCAGUACAUCGACAUUACCGAUCAAGACGGUUAGAACAGUCGCGGCGAAAUCUGUCGAGGUCCCAGAUUCAGGCAAGUCUUUUUUGAGAAUGGACAUCGAAAGUACAGCUACCAAACAGAGUGCAAGGGAACGACUUGGACUUGACCGGCCCAGCAAUACAAAAAUCACCAUCGCUUCAAAAAAUCUGUCGCCAAAAAAUCCCAUACGAACAAUAAUCUCUGCCAAGGAUGGGAGCCAGAAACGACUCGUCAAGCCCCCUCAAGAAGCCGCAUCGUCAGUCCGACAAAAGCCAAGCGGAAUAAAACAGCGUUUAGGAUCUGUUGCAGUCGUCAACAGCAGCCCGUCAACGACAUCAAGCGUCUUCAAUCGGUUAGGCGUUAAUAAGAAAUAACAUUUAUUGUGAUUUUACCUUUCUUCUUUUCAUAAACAAUUAAAAUCAUUGAUAAUACACUUACCAUCUUUACACCUGAAAAA